AUGUCCAUGGGCACCGUGUCCAAGAGUAUUUCUGGGUACACGAACGAACAUGAUGGCGAUUGGGACGCGGCGCGGGGGACCAGAGGGGUGGGUCUUAGUGAUGUAGUUAAGAAGUGGAGACAGGUAUUUCGCCGCGUCGACGCCCGGAAGGCACAGUUCUCGUUUCGACGGACCCUCAGAUUCCGUCCGUACUACAUAUGUACAGGCGGGUCGGGUCCCUACGGGUCCAACCCUUGGGUCACCGAUAUUGAUGUUCUAAACUCUUUAAAGAGACUACGAGUGCAAUUGACGUAUCAAAGAAUACGUCACGGCACUACAGAGGUUAAGUCGAAGGCCGUGGAAAGUACAAAUAUUGUAAUGACGAACGCCGCACGACCGCUUCGCUUAAGGCCUGUGGGUGGUAUCGAUGAAACCUUAUCUAACGAAAACGAGUCUCAGAACAAAUUGGGUAUCAUGGGAAUGGCGAAC